UUCCAGCUUCGCUCACUCAUUCAUUAUUUAAACAAUUACCUAUUGAACAGUGCCAGUCAGUAAGAGCUCAGAUAGUUUCUCUGCAUUUUUCAAAGUCGCAGAACGCAACCAGAGAGGAGAAGGGAGGCCCGUAACCUAGGAGCUCUGGCUCCGCCCCUUCUGCGUUUGGCCUUGCCUGCUCCUCCCAUCACCAUUGCACUCAGAGGCGGCUACUGGCCCAAGACGACGGCGAAAACCAGUCUCUGAUGUCUACUGCACUCUGCAGCUACAGACCUCAAGCCCAGUAGCAGAGAAGGCAAGGUCUAAUGUUACAACACCGGUCUGCUUCGCCUCAGUUUCGGGUCCAUCCGGAAAGCUUUCAGAUAGGAUCCUCAGUGAGACGGCACUCGAUUGAAUCGGUCUGUCUCUACAGGCCAAGGAGGCGGGUUUGCAGUAGCUUCUCCUACGCCAAAGCGAGACGACCUUACUGCGCACGCGCAGUAGACAGCCGAUGGAGCCACCGAUGGAGCCGUCCGGAGUAGAGCAAGAGCCCGGAGCCGUCAGGCUCCUGGACCUGCCCUGGGAAGACGUGCUGCUCCCACACGUCCUGAACCGGGUCCCACUGCGCCAACUACUCCGACUGCAACGAGUUAGCAGGGGCUUCCGGGCACUAGUGCAGCUGCACCUGGCCGGACUGCGCCGCUUCGACGCCGCUCAGGUGGGUCCGCAGAUCCCACGAGCCGCCUUUUCCUGGCUGCUGCGGGACGCUGAGGGGCUGCAGGAGCUGGCGCUGGCGCCGUGUCACGAAUGGCUGUUAGACGAGGACCUGGUGCCGGUACUGGCGCGGAAUCCUCAGCUGCGGAGUGUGGCGCUGGCGGGCUGCGUGCAACUGAGCCGCCGUGCGCUAGGGGCACUGGCCGAGGGCUGCCCCCGCCUGCAGCGCUUGUCGCUCGCACACUGUGACUGGGUGGACGGGUUGGCGCUGCGAGGCCUCGUGGACCGCUGCCCGGCCCUGGAGGAGCUGGACCUCACUGCCUGCCGCCAGCUCAAGGACGAGGCCAUCGUAUACCUGGCGCAGAGGCUAGGCGCCAGCCUCCGCAGCCUCUCACUGGCUGUCAACGCCAACGUGGGGGACACCGCGGUUCAAGAAUUGGCACGGAACUGCCCGGAACUCGAGCACCUUGACCUUACCGGCUGCCUCCGCGUUGGAAGCGAUGGCGUCAGGACAUUGGCCGAGUACUGCCCAGCGCUGCGCUCGCUGCGGGUGAGGCACUGCCACCAUGUGGCCGAGCCCAGCCUGAGCCGCUUGCGAAAGCGCGGUGUGGACAUCGACGUGGAGCCACCGCUGCACCAGGCCCUGGUACUGCUGCAGGACAUGGCGGGCUUUGCACCUUUUGUCAACCUGCAGGUCUGACCCACCUGCUGGUUAGAACACAGCUGGACUGUGUAGCCUGACACUUGAGCUGUAGGGAAACCGAACUGUGGGGGCCUCUGGUGAGAGGCUAGUGCCCUGUCCUCCCCUGGAGCUUCAAAUAAAGAGCUUUUUACCCCC